AUGGGAGGUAGGGUUGACAGGACGGUGAACAAGGGAGGCGGCCCCCCUGUAUUCCGAUUAAAUGGGCAGAACUAUCAUUUAAUGGGAAGUUUACUCCCACAAGAAGGCAAGCCACCACAUUUUGCCCAACUAUACAUAUACGACACAAACAAUGAGCAAAUAAAUCGUAUAAAUGCUGUGAGGGAGGGUUGUAAUCAAGAUGACAUUCAUAUAGACAUAGUGAAUGUCAUUCAAGGUGAGUUGGAUCAAAAUAAUGUCUUGGUUAAGUCAUUUCGUAUGGCUAAGUCAGAAAUGGAUAGAAAUCCCUGCACUGAAGUCAAGAUAAAAUUGCUAGGCAAGCGCAAGAAAGAUGCUAAGACAUAUAAUUUACCUGAAGUGUCUGAAGUAGCUGCAUUAAUAGUUGGAGAUCUUGAUACCAGUAUAGGUGAGCGUGACAUUAUCGUUCAAACUAAGGGCGGCCAGCUACAAAGAAUAAGUGAAUUAAACCCUUCAUACUUGCCACUUCAAUACCCAUUGUUGUUUCCAUAUGGCGAAGAUGGUUAUAGGGAAGACAUUGCCUUCUCUAACAUAAAGGGCAACUGUGGUGCUGGCGGAAGACAAAGGAUUAGUCCAAGGGAAUUUUUUUGUUAUCGCUUACAAUCAAGAAAAGAGGUUGUCAGUACAAUACUACAUGCGAAGAGGUUAUUCCAACAAUUUGUUGUCGACGGAUAUACAAUGGUUGAGUCAGGAAGACUCAUCUAUAUAAGGACACACCAAAAAAGCUUACGUUGUGAAUCAUAUAGUGGGUUGACAGAUGCUUUAACUCGGGGUGAAAUAAAUCCAGCAACUCAGGGCCGUAGGAUAAUUUUACCAUCGAGUUUCACUGGCGGAGCAAGGUACAUGAUACAGAACUACCACGAUGCGAUGGCUAUUUGUAGAUGGAUUGGAUAUCUGGAUUUAUUUAUAACUUUUACCUGCAACCCAAAGUGGCCUGAGGUGCAACGUUUCCUUAACGACCGUUGUUUGAAAGCUGAAGACCGUCCUGACAUAAUUUGCAGGUUAUUUAAGAUGAAGCUCGAUUCCUUGAUAACCGAUUGUAGAAAGAAGCAACUGUUUGGAUCGGUUGCUGGAGUUAUAUAUACCAUUGAGUUCCAAAAAAGAGGCCUCCCUCAUGCGCAUAUAUUGCUCUUCUUGGACAAAAGAAACGAAGUUAGUCAACUUGGAGCUUUAGACAAAAUAAUAUCAGCUGAGAUACCUGAUCAAAAUAUGGAUGUAGAAUACUACAAAGCUGUUGAGGAAUUUAUGAUGCAUGGGCCAUGCGGAAAAGCUAGACUGAAUUCUCCGUGUAUGGUGAAAGGAAGAUGUUCCAAACAUUUUCCCAAAAAUUUUUUGGAAUGUACUACUUUUGAUGAUGAUGGGUAUCCCUUAUAUAGACGUCGAGAAAAUGGAAGGACAAUAACAAAGAAUGGCAUUGCCUUGGACAACAGGUAUGUUGUACCGCACAACAGACAUUUAUUGCUUAAAUACAAGGCUCAUAUAAACGUUGAGUGGUGCAACCAGUCCCGUUCAAUCAAGUACCUUUUCAAAUAUGUCAAUAAAGGACACGACCGGGUAACAGCCGAGUUCUACAAAACAAGCAAUGAUUCAGAUGUUGGAAAAUCUGUAGAUGAGAUUAAUAUGUACUAUGACUGUAGGUACAUUUCUCCCUGCGAGGCUGUAUGGCGGUUGUUUGGCUUUGAUAUACAGCUUAGGGCUCCAUCAGUGGAAAGGUUAAGCUUUCACUUACCCAAUCAACAAAGUGUGAUUUUUGCAGAUGACGAUCCAGUUGACAACAUUGUCAUUUUUCGUGGUCCUACAUCUUUUUCUGAUAUAAAGGUUGUGAAUGGUGUGCAAUAUGAUUCAUUCCGCGAUGCAUGUUAUGCUAGAGGCUUAGUUGAUGAUGACAAAGAAUAUAUCGACGCAAUAGAGGAAGCAAGUCAUUGGGCUUCUGGAGAUAAGUUGAGGAGGUUAUUUGUUACACUAUUAAUGACCAGCUGUAUAGGUAAACCUGAAGCUGUUUGGAAUGCUGUGUGGCAACAUUCGUCUGAAGAUGCACAAUAUCAAGUUCGGAAACAAUUGCAAAAUUCAGAUUCUGUGUUGAAUGACAAUCAGAAGAUGAAUUUUGCGUUGGUUGAGAUUGAAAAAUUGUUAUCAAUAAUGGGAAAGAGUCUUAAGGACUUUCCAGAAAUGCCAGUUGCAGAUUUGGAGACAUAUAAUUUAAUAUCAAAUAGGUUGAUACAAGAAGAAUUGGAAUAUGAUCGUGUUACUCAGGAGAAAGAGAAUAACGAUUUGGUUAGUCAACUGACAGAUGAGCAAAAGGUAAUAUACGAGGAGGUGUUAACAGAUAUUGAAAGCAAAUCUGGUGGAUUUUUCUUCGUUUAUGGAUAUGGUGGUACUGGUAAGACCUUCUUGUGGAGAGCACUUUCAUCCGCUUUAAGACAGAAAGGUGAAAUUGUUCUAAAUGUUGCAUCUAGCGGCAUAGCUUCUCUUCUGCUACCAGGUGGUCGUACAGCACAUUCUAGGUUCGCAAUACCUAUAUCUGUUAAUGAAGAUUCCACUUGCAACAUAAAACAAGGCACCCCGUUGGCUGAGCUUAUUAUGCAAAGCAAGUUGAUAAUAUGGGAUGAAGCUCCAAUGAUGCACAAGUUCUGCUUUGAAGCCCUAGACCGAACUAUGCGUGAUUUAUUGCGCUCCACAAAUCCAAGAAGCUGUGAAAUGACAUUUGGUGGUAAAACAGUUGUUUUGGGUGGCGAUUUUAGACAAAUUCUUCCGAUUAUUCCAAAGGGCACAAGGCAAGAUAUUGUUGGAUCGAGCAUAAAUUCAUCAUACCUUUGGAGAUCAUGCAAAGUAUUUAGGCUAACAAAAAAUCUACGCCUAAGACGUGUAAAAUCGCAAAUAGAGGCUAAAGAGAUUGAGGAGUUUGCAAACUGGAUAGCAGAUAUAGGUGACGGGAAAAUUGGAAAUUCAACGGAUGGUGACGCAGAGUUAACAAUUCCAGAUAAGUUUCUACUUAAAUGUGAAGGUGAUACUAUCUCUACAAUUGUUGAUAGCAUUUUCCCGUUGUUUAGAAGCGCUAAUGGUGAUUUAUCAUACCUUGAGGAUAGUGCCAUAUUGGCACCAACAUUGGAUAUGGUAGAUAUCAUUAACCAAUACAUGAAUGAUCAAAAUCCAAGUGAAGCUAGGACUUAUUUGAGUUGUGAUUCAGUUUGCAAGUCAGAUUCUAAUGCAAAUAUGUUAGCGGAAUUGCACACUCCAGAAUUCUUAAAUGGUCUGCGAUGUUCUGGUGUACCUAAUCAUGCAUUGACUUUGAAAAUUGGGUCACCUGUUAUGCUCUUGAGAAAUAUUGAUCACACUCUUGGCUUGUGCAAUGGUACAAGAUUGAUUGUAACAAGAUCAGAAGUGUUAUCAAGCAUGAAGCAAUUAAGCAUGCGUGUUGGUGGAGGAAUAAAAGUUGGUCGUCAUUUGAGGUUAAUGAUGAUGAGUGAAAGGGAGAGAAAACGGGUGAUUGAACGGAAGAAGGCGGCAUUGUUGAAGCAAGCGAAAGAGCUUUGUGUGUUGUGUGAUGUUGAGAUUGGGAUUGCAAUGCACGAGGGAGAUUGCCUUAUUGAUGUUUGGCCUUGUGUGGAAGAAGCGAGGAAGCGAUUCUUGGGGUUUUGGGGGCUUCCGGAGGCGGAGAGAGUGAAGAAGAUGAUGCGGAAGAAGGAGCAUGAAGUGGAGAGGAAGGAGAUGAAUGUGGUGAUGAAAAAGGUAAUCCAAGGAGAAAGCAGAUUGGAGGAGAUAAAGGAUGCAAGGCAGCUUAUGGGUUUGUAUGCGUUGGCUGAUGAGAAGAUGCAAGAGCUGGAGAAGACGAAGCAACAUCUUCUGCAGCAGCGCAGUGUCCCUCCGCCACCAGCAACUGCAUCUUGGUUCGUUCCUGCUAUGGCGCCUCCGCCGGCAAACGGCGGCGGUGGGGGUGAGGGUACCCAUCAUGACAUGAUCUUCUCUGAUGCUGAUUUCAAUCAAGUUUGGCCUUACAACUUCUGA